GAAGCCCAGCACUUUGGGGAACUUUCCAGAACGCUCGCUGAAAAGCGGAGGAGCGGCGGCUGCCCGAGCUGCGCCCAGCAACGCGCUCCUUCCCGCUCCCCCACACCGGCCUCGGCCCCCUCACCGGCUGUAGAAAAUGGUGAAAGGAACUACUUACUAUGAUGUUUUGGGGGUCAAACCCAAUGCCACCCAGGAAGAAUUGAAAAAGGCUUACAGGAAAUUGGCUUUGAAGUACCACCCUGACAAGAAUCCAAAUGAAGGAGAGAAGUUUAAACAGAUUUCUCAAGCUUAUGAAGUGCUCUCUGAUGCGAAGAAAAGGGAAUUAUAUGACAAAGGAGGAGAACAGGCAAUUAAAGAAGGUGGAGCAGGUGGUGGUUUUGGCUCCCCCAUGGACAUCUUUGAUAUGUUUUUUGGAGGAGGAGGAAGGAUGCAGAGAGAGAGGAGAGGUAAAAAUGUUGUGCAUCAGCUCUCCGUAACCUUAGAAGAUUUAUAUAAUGGCGCAACAAGAAAACUAGCUCUGCAAAAGAAUGUGAUUUGCGACAGAUGUGAAGGCCGAGGUGGUAAGAAAGGAGCGGUAGAAUGUUGUCCCAAUUGCCGAGGUACUGGAAUGCAAAUAAGAAUUCAUCAGAUAGGACCUGGAAUGGUUCAGCAAAUUCAGUCUGUGUGCAUGGAGUGCCAGGGCCAUGGGGAACGGAUCAGUCCUAAAGAUAGAUGUACAAGCUGCAAUGGAAGGAAGAUAGUUCGAGAAAAGAAGAUUCUAGAAGUUCAUAUUGACAAAGGCAUGAAAGAUGGCCAGAAGAUAACAUUCCAUGGUGAAGGAGACCAAGAACCUGGACUGGAACCAGGAGAUAUUAUCAUUGUUUUGGAUCGGAAGGACCAUGCCGUUUUUACUAGACGAGGAGGGGAUCUUUCCAUGUGUAUGGACAUACAGCUGGUUGGAGCACUGUGCGGCUUUCAAAAGCCAAUAUCUACUCUAGACAACAGAACCAUCGUCCUUACCUCUCGUCCAGGUCAGAUUGUCAAGCAUGCAGAUAUCAAGUGUGUGCUGAAUGAAGGCAUGCCAAUUUAUCGUAGACCAUACGAAAAGGGUCGCCUAAUCAUCGAAUUUAAGGUCAACUUCCCUGAGGAUGGCUUUCUCUCUCCUGAUAAACUGUCUUUGCUGGAAAAGCUCCUACCUGAGAGGAAGGAAGUAGAAGAGACUGAUGAAAUGGACCAGGUGGAACUGGUGGACUUCGAUCCAAAUCGGGAAAGAAGGCGCCAUUACAGUGGAGAAGCGUAUGAGGAUGAUGAACAUCACCCUAGGGGAGGUGUUCAGUGUCAGACCUCUUAAUGGGGCCAGUGAAGA